AUGGGCAGUGGAGCUGCCGGAGCCACGACACUCCUGGGGAGCCCAGGAGAGGCCAGCAGGGCUAAGAGCAUCCGUGGAGGCGGCUCCCUGCCGCUGCCCGGCCGGCUCCGGGUGCCCGGGAUGAGCCCAGGCCUGCGGGCUGCAAGUGUUCCAGAUGGGGAGUGCAAGCUGGGGAGUGAUGAUGCAAGUUCCAGAUGGGGAACUGGGGGAGUGCGGGUGCCCUCGGGAUACCAGGACACACGGGACACGGGGCAGGGCUCACAGCCGGCCUGGCCGCAGGGAACAGGCGCUCUGGGCAGUGCACUCGGCCGGGCGGCUCCGGGCCCACGCGGAGCCCCACGGCAGGAGGCUCUCUCCGCUGCAGGGGACCCCAAGGUGCCGGUGCUCUACGAGGUGGAUCGCACGCGCACGGGCAGGAGCUUCUCCGUCCGCUCCGUGAAGGCCAUCCAGCACGGGAAGCCCAUCCUCACCUGCCAGGCCUCCUUCCAGCUGGAGCAGGAGAGCCCCAUGCGCCACCAGUUCACCAUGCCCGCGGUGCCGCCGCCCGAGGAGCUGCUCACGCAGGAGGAGCUCAUCAGCACGUUCCUGCAGAAUCCCAACUUGGCAGAGAGGUACAGGAAGCGGCUCAACAGGAUCGAAGCCAAGGAUGUGCCCAUUGACAUCAAGCCCGUGAACCCACCGAGCAUGCUCUGCAGUGCUGGAAACGCGGCCCGGCCGUGGGGAGAAGUGCCCGGCCCGGGGCUCGCCUGGCGCGUGGGGACGUGGACCCGCACUCGCUGCAGUGGCAUCAACGUUUAUUGA